CGGCGGGCGCGGGGCGUGUCCUGGCCGCGCGUCCUGUCGGGCCGCCCCGCCCCAGGCAGCAUGGGGGACAACACCAGCCCCAUCAGCGUGAUUCUGGUGAGCUCGGGCAGCAGGGGCAAUAAGCUGCUCUUCAGGUACCCCUUCCAGAGAAGCCGGGAGCACCCCGCGGCGCAGACAAAUAAGCCCCGUAGCAGAUAUGCUGUUAACAACGCGAGUGACCAUGCUGAUGACCAGGACGGUGACUCCAGGUUUUCAGAUGUUAUUUUGGCAACAAUUUUGGCAACCAAAUCUGAAAUGUGUGGCCAAAAAUUUGAACUGAAGAUAGAUAAUGUGCGGUUUGUUGGGCACCCGACACUGCUGCAGCAUGCUCUGGGGCAGGUCUCCAAAACAGAUCCAUCCCCGAAGAGGGAAGCGCCUACCAUGAUUCUUUUUAAUGUGGUGUUCGCCCUGAGGCAAAUGAAGGCCCACAGUCCCCGUUCCAUCACAUCCUGCCCAAGUGCAAGCUGGCAAGGGACCUCAAGGAGGCAUAUGACAGGUCUUCUGUCUGACCACUGCUCCUGUGGCCCCGAGAUGUUCCCUGGCUCUGAAGCUGCAGCGAGAGGGCCCACACAGUGCCAGCACAGUGCCCGGCAGAUGCUGCCUGGCACACCUUUCUGCGCAGCACGGGUGGGUCUGGUGCCUCUGCCUGCCCUGCAAUUGUGGCCUCCUCCUGUCUCCUCCUCGUGCCUGUGCACAUCUGGUGUGGUGCGGCUUCACAUCAACAGCUGGCUGGAAGUGAGCUUCUGUCUACCCCACAAGAUCCACUAUGCUGCCUCCAGCCUGAUUCCCCCUGAGGCCAUCGAGCGGAGCCUGAAAGCCAUCCGACCCUACCAUGCCUUGCUGCUGCUCAGUGAUGAGAAGUCCCUGCUGAGUGAGCUCCCCGUCGACUGUUCCCCAGCUCUGGUGCGGGUGAUCAAGACCACGUCUGCUGUGAAGAACCUACAGCAGUUAGCCCAGGAUGCUGACCUGGCUUUGCUGCAGGUGUUCCAGCUUGCGGCUCACCUGGUGUACUGGGGCAAAGCUGUCAUCAUCUACCCGCUGUGUGAGAACAACGUCUACGUGCUAUCUCCCAAUGCCAGCGUGUGUCUGUAUUCCCCGCUGGCUGAGCAGUUCUCCCGCCAGUUCCCAUCCUGCGACCUGCCGUCCAUCCUUGCCAAGUUCUCUUUGCCUGUCUCCUUGUCCGAGUUCAGGAAUCCCCUGGCACCCCCUGCGCAGGAGACCCAGCUCAUCCAGAUGGUGGUGUGGAUGCUGCAGCACCGGCUCCUCAUCCAGCUGCACACUUAUGUCUGCCUGAUGGCUUCCCCCAGUGAGGAAGAGCCCCGCCUGCGGGAGGAGGACGUCCCCUUCACUGCCCGGGUCGGCGGCCGCAGCCUCAGCACACCCAACGCCUUAAGCUUUGGCUCUCCAACCAGCAGUGAUGACAUGACCCUCACCAGCCCCAGCAUGGACAACUCCAGUGCAGAGCUGCUCCCCAGUGGGGAUUCACCACUGAAUAAGCGGAUGACGGAGAGCCUGUUGGCCAGCCUGUCAGAGCACGAGCGGGCAGCCAUCCUCAGUGUACCCGCUGCCCAGAACCCUGAGGAUCUGCGCAUGUUUGCCAGGCUCCUUCACUACUUCCGCGGCCAUCACCACCUGGAGGAGAUCAUGUACAAUGAGAACACUCGGCGCUCCCAGCUGCUCAUGCUCUUCGACAAGUUCCGCAGUGUGCUGGUGGUGACCACCCAUGAGGACCCUGUCAUUGCCGUCUUCCAGGCUCUGCUCCCAUGAGCCAGGCAGAGAAUGGGGUGUGAGGGUGGGCACUGCAUGGGUGGCCAGCCCUGGCCUUACUGAAGGCUUGCAGAGCCCUUGUCCUUAUCCUUACCACAGGCACCUUGGUUCAGCAGCAGCUGUGAGGCCAUCAUCCUCUGUGCUCUUUUAACUCUCACUUGUCCUUGCAACAGCCUUACCAUCACCAAAAGCUGAAGGGUGCCUUCUAGACUCGCAUCUGGUGAGGACUAUGUCCUUACACAUGCACAUAGGCUGUUUUGAUCCUCAUCCUAGCCCUGGCCAUAUUUGCGGUGACCUUGCCCCACUUUGUGUGCUAUCCUGAGGGAUAUAUUCCUUCCUGCCUUCUGAUGGUGUCAGCAUGUGUGGCCACCUCACCCAGCACCACCUCUGUUCACCAUGCACUGCAUCCCUCCCAGAUAGCUACGAUCCUCUCCUGGCCCAGCCUCACCACAGCACCACAUAGGUCACCCUUGUGGUGGGUGGCAGCUCAACUUCCUGCCAGGACCCUGCCCCAGAAUGUGCAUGUACUGUGUGGCUCUCCUGUUGACCCUAACCCUGGAGGAAGGACUGACUUCAGGCAUGUGAUGAUCAACCAGGGGCUCUGUAAAGACAAAACAGUUCCCUAGUAGCAAAACAUUUAUUUAGUUUUUAAACAAUUAAAAAAAAGCCUGAGUGGGCUCUUUGCUCA